CCAACCGCUGACGCAUUACUUCCUUUACUCACGAUACGUCUAACAUAAUACGAUCGUGUGGAACUGACUCGACCGAAGAUAUUUCUCUCACAUUUAAACAUUCUUAAAACAGUCGAGGAGUUUAAAUUCAAGAAAAUAGAAAUAAGAAAUGCAUCUUGUGGAACUAGCAAGGAUAUUACUGCUGUUUGUUGGAAUAGUGGUUCAAUGUCAAGCAUUGGACUGUGGAUAUGGUCAGAUGGAAUGUACUGAUGGAGAAAAAUGCGUUCCGUUGAGUUGGAAGUGUGAUGGGGAUGCUGACUGUUCAGACAAGUCCGAUGAGAACAGCUGUCCUGCCAAAACGUGUGCAGAGACCGAGUUUCCGUGCUCAGUUAAUGGCACCUGCAUCCCUAGCAAAUGGAAAUGUGACGGUGAACCCGACUGUGAAAAUGGUGAAGAUGAAGAUUCAAAAAUGUGCAAAGGACACCAAGAAUGCGAAGGGACUCAGUUCUACUGUGCCACAGACAAGCAGUGUAUUGACACCGAAUGGCUCUGCGAUGGUGUGCCAGAUUGCACUGAUAACUCCGAUGAAAGCAACUGUACCGCUACUGAUCGCUGUGGUGAUAGCAUGUUCACAUGUGACAACAAGCAGUGCAUUUCAAGCCAGUGGGAGUGUGAUGGGGACAAGGACUGUUUGGAUGGCUCCGACGAAUCAGAAUCAAAAUGUGCAGCCAAAUCAUGUGACCCAGAAAAGGAGUUCAUGUGUGCUGAUGGAAAGCGUUGCAUCGACAUUCCAUGGCGUUGUGAUGGCGACUUUGACUGUAAUGACCACAGUGAUGAGAACUGUACAGGUGUAACUCCUUCAGAAGUGGAAGUGUGUGAUCCCAGCUCAGAGUUUCAGUGUGUGGCUUCUGGAGAAUGUAUCCACAACUCUUGGAAAUGUGAUGGGGACCCAGACUGUACUGAUGGCUCAGAUGAAGGAGAAGAUUCUGGUUGUGUCUACACUUGCACAGAAGACGAGUUUAUGUGUGACAACAAGGUGUGCAUUACGAAGACCCUGACCUGUGACCACAACAAUGACUGCAUGGAUGGCUCGGAUGAAAACAACUGCACUGCCGUUUGGCAAAAAACCUGCCAGGAGAGUGGUGGUUUUGACUGUUACAAUGAUGGAACCACGUGUAUUAGCAUUGAAGAAGUUUGUGAUGGCAUAGCUCAUUGUAAAAACGCCCAGGACGAGACUUCUGCUCUUUGCAAACCAAAUAUUGAAGGAAAUGCAACUGUGAAACAGCCAUGCAGUCACAAAACGUGUAUGGAGCAUGCUGAUUGCCUCACUAGGACGGUUAACAACACAUUUGUGGGCGAGUGCGUAUGCAAGACGGGUUUCCAGAUGAAUGAUGGUGCAUGCAAGGACAUUGACGAGUGCAAGGAGGAGGGCAUGUGUUCCCAGGUGUGCGUUAACACGAAGGGAGGAUACCACUGCAGCUGUCAAGAGGGCUACAUUCUCAUGAGGCACACAGAAUGCAGAGCAGAGAGUCACCCCUGGCUACUGUUCGCAAACAGGAAGGACAUUCGUCGUCUGCGUGCUGACAACACCUUUAUGGACAUCGUUGUAGAUUCCACCUCCAACAGUGUUGGCAUUGAUGUAGAUCAUGAGGAGAAAUAUUUGUUCUGGACUGAUGGGGCUGAGGAGGUCAUCAAAAGGGCAAAUAUCAACCACGACCAAACUGGCAUGAUGACAGGUCAGGACGUCAUGGUGAUAGUUGGCAAAGAAGGCAACCAGGCUUUUUCCUCUGACGGUAUUGCUGUGGACUGGCUUUUCAAGCGAAUCUACUGGACUGACUACCAGGCAGAUAAGAUCAUGGUUGCAGACUACAACGGAGCCAACAAGCAUGCUGUAAUCACCACAGGGCUGUCUGACCCCAGAGCUAUUGCCCUUGAUCCAGAAUAUGGACAAAUGUACUGGACUGACUGGAACAAAGAUGCCAAGAUUGAAAUGUGCGGUAUGAACGGCGUGUGCCCCAAGAGGAGUGAAAAUGCCCUCACGAAAGUUGGAAGUGUGCAUCUCGGCUGGCCAAAUGGACUCACAAUUGAUUAUGUGAGCCGCAAGGUGUACUGGAUCGAUGCCAAACUGCACAAGAUUGGUAGCGCUGAUAUGGAUCUGAAAAAUCCCCGCUUUAUCUUUGAGGAUGCGAAAGACAUCCAGAAGCCAUUUGCCAUCGCCGUGUUUGAGGAUUCCCUCUACUGGACAGACUGGACCACCAACUCCAUUAGAUCUGUACACAAGGUCACUGGUCUCAACCCUAAAACUCUCAACCUUGGAUCUUACUCUGUCAUGGAUAUCAAGGUCUACCAUCCGCUCAAGCAAAACAGAUCAUCAGCAGCAUUAAUCAAGCAGCUUUGUGAGGAGAGGAAGUGUGGCGAUAUGUGUUUCCCCAUGCCCCGCGAUGCCACAAAGGACCUCAAUGUGGAAUGUGUCACCAGCUGUCCCGAUACCAACAUCAUUGGCACUAACUGCACCCACGAGCCUAGACCAACAACCAAAGCCCCAGAACCAACCAAAGCCCCAACAUCCCAGCCAGGGCCAGUUACCACCAACAAGUCGGGAUACACUGUUGUUGCUGGGAGCACCGAAUCCAUUGAUCAUCCUGUUACACCAGAGGCCAAAGGAAAUGGAACCAUCGCUAUCGUUGCAGGAAGCAUCAUUGCUGGUGUUAUCAUUCUGGCAUUUGUGGUUGGUGUAUUGAUCUACAGACGAUACAAGGCCAACAACAAGAAAAUCCUCAACUUUGACAACCCUGUCUAUAGGAAAACAACCACUAAAGAUGAUGAUAUGAUCCAUAUUAGAGCUAAUGAACCAGAGAGAGAAAACUUGACCAACCCAGAUGAAAUUGUUUGAUGAGUUAGGCAGUUAGUUUGCAAGAUACAAUACAUUUUCUGGAACAAACAUCCACACUGGCCAUAAUACUCUACACCGUCUACUGUCACAGAGACACAGAUCUGACUUAAUAGUACAGCUGAAGUUCUACAAUCAUCAAAGCAAGCCGUCCAAGUUAACACUUAUACAACUUUCACAUGGAUGUAGUGAUCAUCUUGCUUUAAGUAUAAAUUAUUAGUUUUAAUCGUGUUGAUGCAGCGAUUACUACAGAUUGAGCUAGCUACAAAACAUGCGCCUUUCCAUCACAAAAACUUCAAAGGAUAGCAUGGUUGGCUCGACUCCAGUAACACUGCUCGCUGCCCCUGGGACCAGACCUGUUUACAUAGGAGGAUGUUUCUAUUGUAGUAACUUACGGCCAGUCUUAAAACGACAUAUCAGGAGUAUUCUGUUAGUAUUUGUAGAGUGAUGCUGGAGAAUUGUGCUGAUCAUCUGCUCACAUUCCUCAUAGAAUGUCAGAUUUCCGUGUGCCAAUCCACAUUCUGAAAGACAAACUUGCAUUAAUGUAGCUUUUUGUGAUAGCUCAUAUUAGAUCGUUUCAUGCUUUUUGUUCAACGUUACCUUUUGGUGUUCCAAGGACACAUUCUCUGCUUUAUAACACUUUCCUGGCAAUUAUAAUCAGGGAUGAUAAAAUUCCGGAUUAAUCCGGAAUUCCGGAUUUAAGGACUCACGGAUCGAUUUUGAGAUUAAUGUAAAUCCGUUGAGUUUUUUUCUAGGGGGGAGGGGUACAGGGAACGAUUCGAGCUCAGUUCGAACAAUAUGGGUACGAAAGGUGAGUUUUCCGGAAGUGUAAUGGCGGAAAUUAACGAACCUAUCUACGUCUUGGCAAUCGAGCUAUAUGAUUGGUUAAGAUAGCACCCGGUGAUUACGGAUAUUACCGAUGGGACUAGAAGACAGUAUCCGGAUGGUCGUAUCCGGAUAUGACAGACGACGAAGGCGAAUAAACGGGUAUUGGAAAAUUGGAAAAAAAGACCACCACCAAGUUCUAAAAACAUGGAUUCGUCGAUUUUAAGGGUAUAUUUGCCAUUUAUUUUUAAGAGAAAUUCCCGAAACGUUUCUUUUUAAGUUAAUAGAAAGUGAUCAAACUGAGAAUGAAUUUUGCGCAUGUAGCAUUAUUUCGGACAUCCCGAUUCGGAUUGUGUCAUAAUAAUCGAUUUUUAUUUGGCCGAUUGAAGUUUACGCUGUAAACCGUUUCUUUAUUAUUCUCAUUAUCUUUGACUGUUGACCAUAAUGGGAGGUUCAAAUGAAAAUUGGUUUGGUUCAAAUUUAAAAAAAAACAUGAAUAAAUAUUUUGUAGUAGUAAUAUAUAUUACGUAGAGGCAGUCAUUUUAUUUUCUAUUUGAGACGGUUCAACAAAACUUCUUGAGAACCCAGUUUGAGUGAGAUUUUAAUUCUAUAGUUGUAAUUUGUAUUUCCCCAUCCAGGUAUGUUGAUGGUUACAAAAGUCAGGGAUGAAAAACACCUCAUCCAGUUGUUCCUGUCAAUGACUGACAGUUCAAUCCAGAGGCCAUGAUACUUGGAUUUAUGGCUGAACAUGCUCCCUGGCACCACAGUAGUGUGUCUUACUUAAGACACUUGCCAAAGAUACAAAAGCUCUCAGCAAAUUAAAACUUCAAAGGUGUACAGCAUUAUACAAGAUGACUUACGGAGUGGCUAGCCAUUUCAAUGAUGAACAUGUGGAGGAGUUAAUGGAUCUCGGUUUUGUUUCAACUAAGACAAGUCAACAAACACAAACAAUGAGAAAACUGUUGCAGCUAUUUUUCUGCUAUAGAGAAAGAAAUAGUGUUGAGAUAUCUGGCCUCCUUAAAAAUCACAAGGGCUGAUUCUAAAUCAAUGUUCAUAGAAUUUGAAAGCCUGUUUGAGAGACUUGAACUGCAGUGGGACAAUCUAGUUCGUGUGCUACUGGACUCAUGAAACACCAUGAGGCGAAAAAAUCUGGCUUGGGGACCAGAAUACGUCAAUGUCCACCAUGUCAACAACGGCCACGCUGCCAAAGCAUUUAAGUCCCGUUUGGAUAUUACUUUGAAUAAUAUAUAUAAUAAUUAAUAACAUUAUAUUCUCAUCAAAUGUGCAGAAAAUGGAAUAAAUACUCUUAUGAUACAUAAAAAUUGAAUAAAUACCACUUUUACAAUAAACAUUUGCAUGCAUGAUAAUUGAUAUGUUGUUCAUUAUUAUAAAUCAAACAUCCCACAGUGUAGACUGUUCAUCUGUUCAUACACAGGCAUUUGGUCAUAGCCAGUUGAGUUUUAUGGGAAGUGGACAACUGAACCAAAAUGUCAGGUACAUGUCUAAUGCCUGUGACUUCAGGUAAAAAAGAGUAAAUUUAACUUUGUUUAAAGACAAAGGUGUUGAACUUCACUGCUAAGAUUCCUGAUAAUUGUUCUGAUUGUGGAUGUCUCGUGUUGAACAUAAUUAUAUCUACCAAACCGGAAGGUGUACUCCUUGAACACUAUUCUAAGGCAAAAAAGGGUAUUAGAAUCCCUGAAAUACAGAAAGCUUCGGGGGGCUUCGCCCCCCUUGUCCCCCCACCAGGGCUUUGCCCUGGACCCAUCGGGAGCCUUAAGCGGCCCCCUGAACCCCACGCAGACAUUUUCAGGAUUGGCAACUUGGCUCUGUUAUCAUCCCUGUAUAAUUGUCUUUGCUGUGUAACAUGUAUAUAUUACCUUUCAACGUUUAAUGUGCAAUCAUGUUUUCAUGUAGAAUGUAAACGAAGGAGUUCAAGUUACAAAGCAUGAACAUAACAUGUUCAAGUAAUUAGAUUGCAAUUACCAUCAAAAGUGGAUUGUCUUCAAGAGUUACUGUGGAUGUACGUGUUUCUUGUUCAUGUUGAAAUAGCCAUAUGUAAAUAUUUGAAUUUAGUGCUAUUUUGUACUUUAUAACUUGUGCUUUCUGUUAUUUACGGAGUGAUAUAGUCUGUUACCAUUCCGAGUUGUUAUUCCCUUUGGGAACUUGAAUAAUUGUUAGCAUGAAAGAGUGUUUAUUACUACUUGUUUUAUACAUUUUGUAAAUACUAAUUUUGGCCUUUAUUGCGAAGUGCUAAGUAAGUUUCUAUUUUGUCACGUUAUUAUUAAUUGAACUUGUUUUUCAACAAUCUGUUUAACUGGCGGUAUAUGAAAUAACUACCAAAGACAAUCCCAAUGCUUUUAACAUGAUUAUUACUUAAUGUUAAGAGACAAAAUAUAUUAUCAUCUCUUCAAGUGAUGCAUUUAAAUGGUGAAGAGUGAGGAACAAAAAGGUGCUGUAAUCAUUAUAAAGUGAGUCCAUAUGGUCAUGUUCAUUAUAUACUACCAUGUUCAAAGCGCAUAAUAUUGCCAUGUUGAUCCAAAUGGGUAAAAUGCAAGCUCAAUGGUGGCAUUAUAUGAGUAUACCGUUAAUACUAUGUCUGUUUACACUGUAAACAGUUUCCUGCCAUUCAAACUAAGCAUAGUCGUUUGUACGAUUUAUUUUGUGUAACCUUUGUAAUUUAACUAAUGUAUUCAUUUACCAAAUUAAUGAUUAUAUCAAAUAGCCUAUCUAUGAGUUGCCACAAAUUUAACUGAUUUUACCGUAAAUGGUCCACUUUCAAUCGUUAGCUCAAGUUUUUCUUUGGUUGUGACAUUGUCUUGUAAAUAUGACCCUAUUUAUUUCCCCUGCAUGGUGUUGCACGAACAAGUGCGUGUUUUUUUUAUUUCAUUUACAGUCCUUCCUGCAUGUUUGCAUUUAAUUAAUUUUUCACAAUAGUUUUUCUCCUGUAAAUGAAUUGUUUUGUCAAGUAGAUACUAUUAAUAUGAGAAUCUCCAUUCCUUAGUUAUUUCGAAUUUAUAUUUAAUUUCUUAUUUUUUACUCAAUUUAUGUUCGUUUUCUGUCCUCUUUUAAUAUCUGGAAACGAUGUUUCUCUAUGUUGUGUAAAUACUAUGUAAAUAAAAUCCUAGAUUUUUGCCUGCUCAUAAACUUGCAAGAUAUUGUUGCGCAAAUGUAACUUGAUAUGCCAUGUAUACAAGAGAAAUCUUAAUUUAAUGUUAUGAGUCAUGUUGAGGCUCUGUUUUCUAUGGUUAUAUGUUUAUGCUUGAUGUCUGCGAGUGCUACUUUCUCUGCACAAGUUUCCCGACUGUUCGUGGUGACGGCUGAUAUCAGUCUGUAGUAUUUGUUUUAUCAAAUUCCUCCUGUAUGAAGUUGUAUAUAUAACUAUUUUAGGGUUUCUAUGUAGUGUGUAUGCUCAUGUAACUUCAUCUUUUCUCCCCCUCCGGUGAUCUUGGUUUUUAUCCUGUUGUUCAGUACAUGUUGCCAGUUGCUGAUGGGAAACAUUAUGCAGAGAAAUAAUUAUUUAUUGUGCAUAUGAAGAUGAAUGUUAGGUAUGAGCUGUUUUUCAUCGUCAUAAUUUGUUUGUAUACUGGUUAUUUAAAAUGCAGAAAAAAAUAAAUUCUGAAAUAAAAACAUAUUAAAAUGAA